AUGGGCCGCAAGAGAAAUUACGUAGACGCUGGGUUUGAGGGUGCGCUUGGUGCUGAUACAGCCGAUACAGCCAGCGUACCUGAGAAUAGCCCAGAGACCAACACAGAAACCCCUCAGCAACCUCCUAAGAAGAAACGUAUACGCAAAUCUGCAAAAAAGUAUAAAAAAGCUGCCCAACACGAAGCUGAAGGGAAGAGAGAAGACACGGCAGAUAAUGAUGGCGAUAAGACGGGCGAUAAGAGUGGCAUUCCCAGCAAUUCAAACAAAUCCUCAGCUACUGGCGCUAAUGCAACCACACCCCAACCAUCUCAGCCAUCCCAACCAUCAGAAAAGAAGGCAGCCAAAUUGGAGAAGACAGCGGCCAUAAAGAAGCACAAAUCAAACAAGCGUCGUGAGGACCGUAUAGCUCAGCGCCAGUCAGACACUCUCUGCUACGGCUGUCGACAGAAAGGACAUAGCGUCGACAAGUGUCCUCAGAACGAUGGAAAGAAACAAUCCACGUUAUGCUACAGAUGUGGAUCUACAACGCACUCUCUCAAGCUGUGUAGAAAGCCCAAACCAAAGGACGGCGUUGAGCUGCCCUACGCCAGCUGUUUCAUUUGCAACAACAAAGGUCAUUUGGCUGGACAAUGCGAGCGUAAUCAACGAGGCGUUUACCCUCGCGGCGGUGAAUGUAAGAUUUGCAAGAGCGUUGAACACCUCGCAAAAGAUUGUCCUGUGCGUUCUGACCAGGAGAAGGAGGCUAGAAGACCUCCUCUUAUCGUUGGAACGGGUGAGACGGGCGGCAAUGCAGAUGAAGACGACUUCCACGUUCUCACUGCGCGUAAAACUGACAUUGAGAUGAAGGAGAAGGCCAUCAAGAGUGGUAAAGGUGGAUUGGCUACUCCAAAACAACCCAACAAGAAAGUUGUUGGAUUUUAG